AUGGCUGAUCCUGGCACCAGAAGAGGGAUCCACUGCCCUCUGAGUCUCACCUGCUCCCUGCUCAUUGUGGGAAUGUGCUGUGUGUCUCCUUUGUUCUGUCACAGUCAGACAGACCUGCUGGCUCUUAACCAAGCUGAUCCUCAGUGCUGGGAGUCCUCCUCAAUGCUCCUCUUGGAAAUGCAGAAGCCUCGUGUUUCUAACACUGUUUCUGGCUUUUGGGAUUUUAUGAUCUACCUGAAGUCAUCUGAGAACUUGAAGCAUGGGGCACUGUUCUGGGAUCUGGCCCAACUCUUCUGGGACAUCUACAUAGACUGUGUCCUCUCCAGGAACCAUGGCUUAGGAAGGAGGGAACUGGCUGGAGAGGAAAAGAAGGAAAAGCAAAGCUCAACAGUGCUGCAUUUGGGGAUCAAACAAGGUGCCUAUUCUCAUCUCUUAAGAACCCCUUUCUUAAAGAAGAAGGAGUUGAUUGGAGAUUUGAUAAGUGUGCACAUGCGCAGGCGGGGCUCUAGGAUUGGUGGAAAAGAGAAGUCGGAAGUAAAGAGAAAACAAAGCCACCUGCAGAGCUAG